AUGUGGCGUCUGGUGGACGUCUUCGGCAAGGAGGCGCCGGAUUGGGUCUCGGCGAGGUUCAGGAAAAAGCUUGCAACGGCCGUCCCCGCCUUAGAGUGUCGCACCUACGAGUACUUCACCACCAGGCAGGAGCGGCAGCUCGGCACCUGCCUCCGGCUCGACGAAGGCGAGGCCACUGGCUCCACCGUCCAUCCUUCUUUCUUUGCGCGGCCCUACUCUUUAUCAUCUUCAUCGUUGACCCUGGCUUGCCUUGCGCAUGGCCGCGUGUGCUGCUUUAUCAGCCCCACGAGGGGCGAUAUCGCAAGCGAGGUGGAUCAGAACGCGCCGUUUUUAUCCUGUAGAGGCCUCGCGCUAACCCGAGAAAAGGAAACCCUGGAACGGCUCAACGCGAUUCAGAAGGCAAAAGUUUAUGAUUCACCAUUUUGGCUGUCUGAUGUCGAUUACAGGCACUAUUCUCUACAAACUUAUUUAAAAGAGAAACUGCGCUUUAAGUUUAUGGAUUCUACAACGUCCUUUGAGCUUUUUAACAGCGACGUAUCGGUGGAGAUGGUCAACGAUCGUGGAAGCAUCUGUCGUGUGGUGAACCUCGAAGAAAUCCAAGAAGUUUCACAUUCAGAGAUUCUAGGGCGGUCUUUUUAUAUAUUUCGACAGUUCACCCCCCUUAAUGUGAGGACGGGCGAGCCAUUUGAGCAUAGCAUCGAAGACCAUCUGCGCUUGGAGUCUGCUGCCAGCAAUUUUUGGUGCAGCGUAUGGGGGACCUUACAAGAUUUUGAAGCAUGUUCGAUCAAACCACUGAAAGGUGCGCUAGGGCUACACUUAAUGGACUCAAUGGGAAAUGAAGUAUUCUUGACGAACGCCUUUUGUACAGAAAACCCAUUCGGAGCUUUUUCAAGAGUUUACCCCGACAGGUUUAUCAUUUUUACUGAAUAA